AUGAAAGCAGUACGCAUUCCAACAAAAGACAGCGCAAACGCUACACAUACUAUCCUUCCACUUAUUGAAAAUCCAGUACAGGCUGGCUUUCCCUCUCCUGGAGGGGAUUACGAAGAGAAGGAGCUGGAUUUCAAUACACUGCUUGUACAGCAUCCUGCUGCUACUUUUUGUUUACGAGUAGAGGGAGAUUCUAUGUCUGAAGCCGGUAUAGAUACUGGAGACAUACUAGUAGUGGAUAGAUCUUUAGUGCCACAGCAUAAUGAUAUAGUGGUUGCUAGUAUAAACAAUGAAUUUACACUCAAAAGAUUUAUUGUAACAGGAGGAGUAAUGUUCCUACAUGCAGAAAACAAGCACUACCCUGAUAUAGAAAUUCAAGGAUCAAUGGAACUACUGAUAUUUGGUGUUGUUUCCUCUGUGAUAAAACAAUUUAGAAAAUGA